GUCCAAAUCCGCUUUGAACGCUUUGCUACACAACUUGUUCGUCUGGAUGUGGUGAGUCGUCUUGCUGUGGUACCUUCCACUUGUGCUAUUGCCUUUGCCAAUAGCUCCAGCAUACUUUCUUGUACUCUUCAUAUUAUCCACGACACUUCACGCCCGGCCAUGUUUCUACUGCGUCAUUCUUCUCACCGCGCUCUUUCUUUCGUCAUGCUAUUGGCCGCCAGUCCCAAUAGGAUCAUCCCUUAGCACCCCGUGGUCCGACAACAUCACCACUUUUGCAGAUGCGCUGCUCUCAAGAAUGCCAGAAUUACCUCGGGAGAAGUUACCCACCGAUAUCCCUAUCGUCGAUCACUGCUGGUGCGACGUGGCCUCAGGCAACCUCUUUGAGCCGUUCAACAUUACAAAUUGGGAGCUCGAGAGCGUGGAACGGCUGAAACGAUCUUUGGAGGUUGAAAUGAAGAAGGAGAAAGCUAGGGAUCAUUCAAAGGCGGGCCAGGAGAGUACUCUCUUGACCAAUCCCGACUUGAUCCCGAAUAAUUCGACUUCAUCCGAGAGCGCGAAGGAGGGAACCGUUAACACAACGCUCUCAUGGGGUUCCGUAUGGGGAAGUGUAUGGCCGUUUUCAGGAAAGUCGGACACGUCCGUAAACGCUUCAUCUGUUCCUCCACAAUCCGAUGGAUCACGAAAUACAGAUCCUCAGCCAUUUCCAUCAACUUCGGCAGAAAGAAACGAUACAUAUCCAACUCCAACAAAGCCGGAGUCAAAGAAGUUGAUACGCCGCGAAUAUGAUUUGAGACCGUAUGGAUUUGACAUGAUAGUCGACUUCAGCUGGUCGAGAAGGAGGGCUGCAGAGAUGUAAUCCCAUAUCCUGUGCAUGCUACCGUGGAGAGGAUAAUGCAUGUAUUAUAUACCGCCUUAAUAGUUGUAUUUCUAUGUUAUGAGGAUUCUAGUUCGUAAAUGA